CAAUUUAAAGGACUAUGUGUUCCAGUUCUUGAGCACCCGAAACUCCAGGACAUCUUGUUAAUUCCUGUCAUUGGACCCAGACGAAAUUUAAAAAAACAUGCAUCUGAAGUCAUUGUUGGAGCCCACUGUGGAUAUGCAGUACUUCGAGGAGCACAUGUAUAUGUCCCUGGAAUCAUAUCUACCUCAAGAUUCAUGAAAGCUGGAGAUCUAGUCUCAGUGUAUUCAGAUAUUGAAGGCAAAUGUAAAAGAGGAGCCAAAGAAUUUGAAGGAGUCAAAGUUUUCCUUGGAAAUGGGAUUUCAGAACUGAGUCGCAGUGAAAUCUUUAGUUCAAGUGGCCCAUUGAGUGGGAUGGGCAUAAGAAUGAUAGAGCCAGUCUACCUUAGUCCUUCGUUUGAUGAUGUGCUCCCUAGUCAUUUGUUUUUACAGAACUUGCCUUCUGUGGUUGUGAGCCAUAUUUUAAACCCUCAACCAGGAGAGAGAAUUUUGGAUAUGUGUGCUGCACCUGGAGGAAAAACAACCCAUCUGGCAACAUUAAUGCAUGACCAGGGUGAAGUAAUAGCCAUGGACAAGAUAGCUAACAAGGUCAAAAAAAUAAAGCAGAAUGCUGAAUUGCUACAGUUGAAUUGCAUUAAGGCCUUUUGCUAUGAUGGAACAAAGGCACUUUCAGUUGAGAAGAGAGAGGAUGAACAAGGUGAAGGACCUCCAUUCUUACCAGAGUCAUUUGAUCGAAUUCUUCUUGAUGCUCCAUGUAGUGGGAUGGGACAGAGACCAAACAUGGCUUAUUCCUUGACUUUAAAGGAAGUGACCUCUUACCAGCCGCUACAGCGCAAGCUUUUCACUGUGGCAGUGAAAUUGCUGAAGCCAGGAGGUGUUUUAGUAUAUAGUACAUGUACAAUUACACUCUCUGAGAACGAGGAGCAAGUUGCCUGGGCCCUGAAAACUUUUCCAUGCCUCCAGCUUCAGCCACAGGAACCUCACAUUGGAGGAGAAGGCAUGAGGGGAGCUGGACUGUCACUUGAUCAGCUGAGGCUGCUGCAGAGAUUUGAUCCAUCUGCUGCGACAUUGCAAGGAAUGGAUAUGAAUUUUUUGCAAGAUUCCAGGGAAGAUGAUCUGAUUUCACUGGCAAAUAAGGACUGUAUAGGAUUUUUUAUUGCAAAAUUUAUGAAAUCGACCAGUAAGUAAGCAUUUAGGAAGGCGACCUGAAUAAAUACCUCUGCAAGUCUAGGAACAGUUGGGAUGUGAAGUGUGUUUCUUACUGCUGCAAUGUUGCCAAGCCAACAGGCUGACGGCAGGGUUGCUAUGGCAGCCGCGAAACCUGCCAGCUGUUCUGCUGGGAAAGAGCCACAGGUUGCAGAAAGUCAGUCCUGGUUGGGGGAAGGGAAGUAUCAUUUUUAAGUCUCUCUUUGCUUUUGUAUUUACAGCAGGUCAGCGCAUGAAUGACAAGUAUGUUCGCUCAUACAGCUGUCCGUUCUCUCUUUCCCCAUGUGAAUCGCUUAUCUUGUGUGGCAAGUGUAGGAACCGGG